UCCUUUCUUUCCCCAAACAUCCUCAAACUCGUGCGCCUCUCUCUCCCUCGCUCUCCGCCCCAUGGCUGCCUCACGCGACCACCUCGCUGCCGACCCGCCGAAGCCCACUCGCCGCCUGCGCAUCGGCGACGACGUCGCCUGGUUCGAAAUCAACGGCGUCUACGACCGCGACGACUCCCUCAAGGAGAACACCAACCCCAAGUGCCUCCUCAAAAACCACCCCGGCGCCGCCCACAACGGCGCGUCGCAGAGGUUCUCCAGCAACCUCAAGCCGAUGGCCGCGCCCAUCAUCGACCUCCCGGGGAAGCUCGGCAAGGGCGGCGACGGGUGGAUUUCAUUUGAUCGAUCCAUAUAUCCAUGUAAGUAGAAGAAAACAUUGAUGUUUGCACAACUAUUAUAUACUGUCACACUACAUUUGCCCGAGCUCAACAAAUACGUUACACCCAAAUUAAAAGCAAUCAACAGCGCACCAAAUGAAACAGAGUUUAUGUAUGUGACAAUCAAUUCAUGAUACAUCGUCAGUGAGUCGAUUAGUUCUCUAGCUCACAUCGAUCAUAUCACACCUGGAAGGAGACG